GUUUAUCAGCGCUGUUACCUUGUAGCAGGUGCGAUGGGCUCGUAAAAGCCUAGACGCUCGUCAGCUCUUUGUCAGUCGCUCGGGGUUUAGUACAGUAUUUAUGCUGGAUAUCAUAACACGAACUGUAUGGACGUUUUAUCAUCACACCGACGGGAGAGAUAGUCAUGACGUCUGUCGAAAAUAAAACAGGUUGAUGCAUUUCCAGGUGUAGGAGGACCAAGACGCUACUUGCAAUGAGUUUGGAAGUUUAUUUCCCUCGACACUCCACCCCAGAAAGGCUACAGGAGAAAUAAGGUGGAUUUGUACUGUUCGUCGUUCAUUCGCCUGAAGACAUUCGCUUAUAACCGGACUUCUAUGGAGUUGAACCUGGAUUAAAGAUAAAGCUUCGCUGACUCGGCAAAGCAGGUAAAUGCCGGGCCUGCUGAAUGAAGGCGAGCAGAAGCACGUGGACAUCAGAGGUUCUGUCUAACUCAUGAUGCCGUCGUCCACGCAGAAGGGAGGACUGAAAGACCCAGAGUCGGCCAACCUCUUUUUCAAAGAUGACCCGGAAGAAGUCUUCUGCGACCUACACGAGAUCGGCCAUGGGAGUUUCGGAGCAGUGUACUUUGCCCGAAACUCCUAUUCCAACGAGGUGGUGGCCAUUAAGAAGAUGUCCUACAACGGCAAGCAGACCACUGAGAAAUGGCAGGACAUCAUUAAAGAGGUCAAGUUUUUGGAACAGCUACGACAUCCAAACACCAUUGAAUACAAAGGCUGCUACUUGAAGGACAACACAGCAUGGCUUGUGAUGGAGUAUUGUCUCGGCUCUGCUUCAGACUUGUUAGAGGUUCACAAGAAACCCCUCCAAGAGGUUGAAAUUGCUGCCAUUACCCAUGGUGCCUUGCUAGGACUGGCUUACCUACAUUCCCAUAACAUGAUCCACAGAGACGUGAAGGCUGGUAAUAUCCUGCUGACAGAGCCCGGUCAGGUCAAACUGGCUGAUUUUGGCUCCGCUUCCAUUGCCUCUCCUGCCAACUCCUUUGUGGGAACCCCAUACUGGAUGGCUCCAGAAGUGAUUUUAGCUAUGGAUGAGGGUCAAUAUGAGGGGAAGGUGGACAUCUGGUCUCUGGGGAUCACUUGCAUAGAGCUGGGUGAGUGUCUUCAAGUUUUUGAAUUUAAUAUUUCAUCCAUCAGUGCACACAUGAAGCAAACAAAUAUCCCAGUAUUUGAAAGUACAACUUGGUCGGAUGCAUUCCGGAGUUUCGUUGACUACUGCCUACUAAAAAUUCCUCAGGACAGACCCUCCUCAGCAGAACUCCUGCGGCAUGAGUUUGUGAGGAGAGAGCGUCCUCCACGGGUCCUCAUCGAUCUGAUCCAGAGGACGAAGGAUGCGGUCAGAGAGCUGGACAACCUGCAGUACCGUAAAAUGAAAAAAAUCCUCUACCAAGAGAAACACAACGGCCCAAUGGGGGAGUCUCAGGAAGAGGAGGAGGAUGGAGAUCAGGCAGGCUGUAAGAUGAACAGUUUGGGCAGUAAUCACUCCAUCCCCAGCACCUCCGUGAGCACUGGCAGUCAAAGCAGCAGCGUCAACAGCCUGCAGGAGGUGCAAGACGACUCCUGCUCCGAGCUGCACCACGACUACGACAGCACCCUCGAGUCUUCCACGCACCACAAAAAGGAUCAUCAGUUUAUCCGUGAUGACCUUCCUCAUCGGGACCACCGCUCGGACCUGCGACCGUCCUCGUCGGAAAGAGCUCCGGCUCAUAACUAUAAAAACCGGGAGCGCUUCGCCACAAUCAAGUCGGCUUCACUGGUAACGCGUCAGAUCCAUGAACACGAGCAGGAAAAUGAGCUCCGAGAGCAGAUGUCGGGAUACAAACGCAUGCGACGGCAACACCAGAAGCAGCUGAUUGCUCUGGAGAACAAGCUGAAGGCAGAGAUGGAUGAGCACAGACUGAAGCUCCAGAAAGAACUGGAAACCCACGCCAACAAUGCCUUCAUUGAGCUGGAGAAACUUGCCAAGAAGCACGCCAUCCAAAUGGACAAAGAAAUGAAAACACUGGCAGCUGAUGAGAAGAAGUUCCAGCAGCAAAUCAUGGCCCAGCAGAAGAAAGAGCUCACCAACUUCCUCGAUAACCAGAAGAAACAGUAUAAGCUGUGCAAGGAGAAGAUCAAAGAGGAAAUGAGUGAAGAUCACAGCACGCCUAAGAAAGAGAAGCAGGAGAGGCUUUCCAAGCAUAAGGAGAACAUUCAGCACUCUCAGGCUGAAGAAGAGGCUCAGCUUCUGGGGCAACAGAGGGCUUUCUACGACAGGAACUGCAGAGCCUUCAAACGCAAGAUCAUGAUCAAGAAGCACGAGUUUGAGCAGGAGCAGCUACGAGAGGAGUUGAAUAAAAAGAAGACCCAGAAGGAAAUGGAGCACGCUAUGUUAAUCAGGCAAGACGAGUCGACCCAAGAACUUGAGCACAGGCAGCUGAAGACCCUACAGAAACUUCGCAUGGAUCUGAUCCGACUGCAGCACCAAACAGAGCUGGAAAACCAGAUCGAAUACAACAACCGGAGAGAAAGAGAACUGCACCGGAAACAUGUGCUCGAACUACGGCAGCAGCCCAAGAACCUCAAGGCGAUGGAGCUCCAGAUAAAGAAACAGUUCCAGGACACGUGUAAAGUCCAGACGAAACAGUACAAGGCCCUGCGGCACCAUCAGCUAGAGGUGACCCCCAAAAGCGAGCACAAGACCGUGCUAAAAGCCCUGAAGGAUGAGCAAACGCGCAAACUGGCCAUCCUGGCUGAGCAGUACGAGCAGAGCAUCAACGAGAUGAUGGCAUCGCAGGCACUCCGUCUGGAUGAAGCUCAGGAGGCCGAGUGCCAGGCUCUGAGGCAGCAGCUGCAGCAGGAGAUGGAGUUACUCAAUGCGUACCAGAGCAAGAUCAAGAUUCAGACCGAGGCUCAGCACGAGCGCGAGCAGCAGAAACUGGAGCAGAAAGUCUCACUGCGCAGAGCACACCUUGAACAGAAGAUCGAGGAGGAGCUGGCUUCUCUUCAGAAAGAGCGCACCGACCGGAUCAAACACCUGCUGGACCGUCAGGAGAGAGAAAUCGACGCCUUCGAUAUGGAGAGCCUUCGUAUGGGUUUCAAUAACUUGGGUGCUUUGGACUACCCUAAAGAUGACUACAGAUGAGACCAGAACACUCCACCAUCCUCCCUCUGUCCUGCUCGUCCACUUCUCUCUUUUCUUUUGUUGUUUUUUUUGGAACCAAUCUGCUGUUUUUGCUACUGACAGUCCUGUCAAUCCUCUGGGCUGGUGCUUGCACAGGCCUUAUACGUUUCUAGACACGUCAUGGGAUAACAUGCUGGAUUACGUCCUUUAGUUGUCUCUUUUUAUAUAUGAAUAUUGUAUACGAGACGAUUAAAUCUGUCACAGUGUUGAUGUCAACGUUUUCUCGUGCAAUGAUAACACUUUCAGUGUAACUAAAAUUAGAGAUUUCCAGACAAAAGCAAUAUGAACCGGGGGUUGUAUUGCUAAUUUUAAUCCAGAUGCACUUGUGCAUGUUUUUUUUUUUUUUUUUGGCAAAUUUUUUGACAGGCGAUUUAGUCAUUUUUUAACUUUUUUUUUUGCAGCCUCUUGAAUCUCUAUUUGGUAUUUAUUCUCCCAGAGGAAAUGAGAAAAUACCUUUUAUUAAAUAUUGAAGAAAUUUGAUAACGUUUGCAUAUUAAAACAAAUUUGAUAGUUGCAUCUGUGACUGAGAUUCUUGUGCUAAUUGAAUGAUUUUUUUUUUUUUUUUCAUAUGUACGAUACCAUAAUUCACCUCAUCCGAGGUGCACAAUGUGAAUAAUACAUACGUCAAUCCUAACUUGUGGUACCUGCACAAAGGGCUGAAGGGGAAGGGACAUGUAUUUUGUGUAUAGAAGGCUUUAUGGAGAACUUUUACUUAUUUUCCUAUUACAUUUUAACUGAAGUUCAAUUUCUUUUUAUAUAUGCAUAUAUAUAUACAUGCACACAUCUAUAUAUAAUAAAUGUUUCACCACACUUUC